UGUUAUGGUCAUAUGUCAGAUAUAAUUGUGAUUGAAAUUUUAUAAAAAUUAUUACAUUACCUUUGAAAAUUUAAAUAACGCUAUAUUUUCGUGAAAUAAAGUGUAUUCUUAAAGAAGGCUUGAGAAGAAUAAGAAUUAUUUUACUUUGAACAGAAAAUAAUAUUGAAAACCAUACAGUUGUUGCUUUAAUUAUUUAUUUAUCUGUUAUAAUGCAUCAUGCAUGCAUUUUGUUACAAAAUUAUGGAUAAAUAAAGUAUUAUUUAGGUAAAGAUAUUAGUAGAAAAUUAUGGAAACCAUGAUGGGACAUACUUUGCAAACAUUAGAUGUCACAAUUGAAGACCUCCCUGAUGAAGUACUGGAGUUUAUUUUAGGAUUCCUACCACCUUACAAAGAUCUUCAAAAUUGUAUGAGUGUAUGUAGGAGGUGGUGCAAUUGCGCUCAAAAUGUAUUACAUAAAACUUCAAUAAAGCUGAUAAAGGCCAUAGGGGAUUUCAAUAUACUAUGGAAAAACAUAGCACCUACUGAUGUGGUACCAACAAUUACAAAAAGGUUUUCACAUUCAGCAUGCAUCCUUGAAAAUAACAUGUACAUAUUUGGAGGAUGCACAACAAAUGCUACAUCAUUUAAUGACUUGUGGAGGUUUGACCUUUCAAGACGGCAAUGGGUAAGACCUCUUGCAACUGGCACAUAUCCUGUACCUAAAGCAUACACAACCAUGGUUGACUAUAAAGACUGUUUGAUUGUUUUUGGAGGCUGGACCUAUCCCUCGCUUUCGCAAUACUAUCAAAAUGUCACUAUGUUUAAUGAUAUACAUUUUUAUUGUAUUAAAACAAAUAAAUGGAUAUUAAUUAAUACUACAAAUCCUCCACCACCAAUGGCUGGACAUUCCGCUUGUAUUAAAGGAGAUGAAAUGGUUGUAUUUGGUGGUUUGAUUAUGCCGGCUGCACAGAACUAUCAAAUACAAUGUUCCAAUGAUAUAUGGGUACUCAAUUUAUCUACUUGUAAUUGGAGCAAGCAAUCAACAACCAAACCAAGGCCUUCACCACGAUAUGCCCAAUCUCUCAUUAGGUUAGAUUGUGACAGGCUUAUGUUGCUGGGAGGUGUUCAAACAUUGCAAAAUCGCUUUGUUUAUAGUGAUUGCUGGAUACUCACUAUGAAAGGGCCUACAUGGACAUGGAAAGAGAUAGCUGUUAAAAAUAAAGAAUGGGCAUCAGCUAACAUUUGGUGCAAUCCUGCAUGUCGUGUUGGUGAUAAAGUAGUUAGUCUGAGUAGAAGCAGAAAUGGUUGGAACAGUGCCAAACCUAUGGUAACCUCUGCAGUUAGGCUAUCUAAUCUUAACAGAGCUGAAGGGGCACCAGUCGCUGUAAGAGUUGAACAAAGCCUGCAAAGACCAUUAGACAGAGAUCACAACAUCAAUGGAAGACGUGGAGUUUUACCCAGACAAAGAAUUCCUAUGAAUGAACCAAUAGCUGGGCCAAGUAAUGAGCCAGAAAAAGAGGAAACUGCUAGGGCCAUUAAUGAAAAUAUUAACACGAAAGCUGCUUCUUCUAGUGGAGAGCCCAGACAGCCAUUUAGCAGUUUUGAUGCAGCUAGGAAAGAAUCAGCAUUGAGAAGAAAUAAAAAUAAGAAUAAAGGUAUGAAGAUUGUUAGACAGCUACAAGAAGCAAAUAAAUAUAGGAUGGCUGCAUUUGCAUGUGACUCUACUGGAAGUAAUGCACCACCUGAGAAUGACCUUAUUAAUCAAAGACAAAUAGCUCAUUUGGAAAAUAGAUUAGAGCCGAUCCCUGAAAAUCAACAACAGAGACCUCCAGCAGUAAAGAAGAUCAAACGGAAUACUCUUGCAAUGCAUGUUUUGGAUAUAUCCACUGUAGUAAAUGGAAACUCAAUGAAUUAUGUGUCUUGGUUAUGUCCACGUCUUGGUGAAUUACAUGGUGCACCAGAAGAACUGGUCAUGUACUCUUUAGUGAAAGGGAAUGGUGAACUAAUAAUGUUUGGGGGUGUUCAUAAUGAUAUAAGCAUUUUAAACUAUUCUGAACAACAAAACAUGUAUUCAAAUUCAUUACAUUUCAUAACACCACCUAGGGAUGUCAUUUGAAAAUAUUUUUGUUUCAGUAUUCCUAAAUUAUUACAAGAAAUGUUGUGUUGUGAAUAGUCUUAAGAUCAGCAAUUUUUUAGGUAUGAUCCAAAAUUAUAAACUUUAAUGAUUAAUGUGAUAUAUUUGCAUACUUUUUUAAGUUUAAUGGUGGAAUAAUGACUCAUUAAUUCAGAAUUAAAUGUUCAUCAAUUACAUGGUAAUGUAUCAACUACUAUAAUAAAUGAGAAAAUUCAUUUUAUAAAAACAUUUACUAUUUUGUGACUCACAUUUUCUGCUUACUCUACCAUUACUUUUGGCAGAAUCUUCCACUUCUUAAUCUUGGAUUGUUCAUGUUUUGUGUUAAAUCUUAGUUGCAAUGCAAUUCAAAAUGAAGAUUUUAAUUUGAUGUUUUUUUUUGUAAGUUAUCUAUAUGCAUUCGCAUGGAUUGGGGGUUAAAAAAGAAAUUCUAUCUUAUGUUUCUCGUGCCCGAUAAUCUUACCCUAGUGCUGUUCCAGAAUAAAAAGUAUCCUAUGCCUGAUUUUAUUGUCAAAUUGCAUCAAGAUUGGUUAAAAAAGGUGACAAAUAGACACACUUUCGCAUUUUAAAUAUGUGAUUGAUGCAAUUUUCAAUCAAGCUAAGAAAUUAUUAAACUUUAA